GCGGGGGCGACGCCGCCAAGCGAAGCGCAGCCGGGCCGAGAAAUAUCACAAUUUGAAGGAGUUAGCACCAAACCUCUUGCACCUGUUUGUAUGACAUUUGGAUUGGGAGAAAUGGAUUCAGCAGAAAGGAUGACCAAAAAAAGUGAACAAAAAUCAAGGAAAUUUCUAAAAAGCCUUAUUCGGAAGCAGCCCCGGGAACUCUUGUUAGUAAUUGGCACGGGCGUGAGCGCUGCUGUAGCACCAGGAAUUCCAGCGCUGUGCUCCUGGCGGAGUUGCAUUGAAGCGGUCAUUGAAGCAGCUGACCAACUAGAGGUGCUUCAUCCAGGAGACGUGGCUGAAUUCCGCAAAAAAGUGGCCAAGGACCGAGAUUUGCUUGUGGUUGCACAUGACCUAAUCCGGAAAAUGUCACCACGCACAGGAGAUGCCAAACCCAAUUUUUUCCAGGACUGUCUGAUGGAGGUUUUUGAUAACUUGGAGCAACAUAUUCAGAAUCCUGUUGUUUUGCAGUCCAUCCUCCAACUAAUGGAAAGAGGCACAAUGGUGCUGACCACAAACUAUGACAACUUACUUGAAAUCUUUGGCCAGCAGCAGAGUAAACCUAUGGAAUCUCUUGACUUGAAAGAUAAGGACAAGGUUCUCCAGUGGGCGAAAGGACACAUCAAAUAUGGAGUUCUUCACAUUCACGGGUUGUACACUGAUCCCUGUGGAAUGGUAUUGGAUCCCUCAGGAUAUAAAGACGUUACUCAAGACCCUGAGGUGAUGGGGGCUUUGCAGAACCUGUACCGGACAAAAUCUUUUCUGUUUGUGGGCUGUGGAGAGACCUUGCGUGAUCAGAUAUUUCAGGCCCUCUUCCUAUACAUGGUUAAAAACAAAGUGGAACUAGAACAUUACAUGUUGGUGCUUAAAGAAAAUGAAGACCAGUUUUUUAAACUCCAGGCAGAUAUGCUUCUACAUGGCAUAAAAGUAGUAUCCUACGGGGAUUGCUUUGAAAGUUUUCCAGAGUAUGUUCAGGAUCUCACCACUCAGAUCUGCAAACAGAGGAGUCCAGAUGCAGAUCGAGUGGACAGUACAACACUUUUGGGAACACCUUGUGUGGAUUGUGCAAAGCGAAGGCUAGGGGAAAGUGGAAAUGACCAAACUAAGAGAGCAAGGCAAACAGAUAAUGAUACUGCUGAAGAAGCUGUCCCUCUGUGAAUAUAUGAGAACGUAACUUGAAAAGCAGCUCCCUGCUCUGAUUGUGCCAUGUACAUCCUACAAAAACUGAAAUAGGAUCUUUUCACUUCAUAUGCAUUGAACAUUGUGUGGAUCCCCUAAGAAUUCUGUAGGAGUGGGAUCCUAUACACUAGUUCUGUACAUUCCCCCCCCCCAAAUAUAGGUUUACAUUUCAGAGGUAUCCUUUAACCAAGACUAACUUGCUACUACCUCAAUGAGAAUAUAAUGCAAAAAGGGAUAUAUAGCUUCUGACAUGGCAUUCUAAUAGGUGAAGCAGCAUUUUGCCUUUAGCUUCUUUGAAUCUGACUAAUCUUGUUUUCAUCAAUUAUAAGUUCAAACAGGGGAAGGCAUCUAAUUCUCACAGAAGGGCUGUUUAAGACAUUAAAUUACAGCACUGCAUGAGAGAAGUGGAACUAAAUCUGAAGAUGUUUUUUUCUGCAUGCACAAAGAAACAUAGAACAGCGCUAGAACCUACCUAAGAUAGCAUUGUGAAUUCUUGUGGAAGCAUUUGAG